UCUAAGUUCUGGGUGGGGACUGAAAAGUUGAGCUAUAAGAGAAAGAGGUCUCUCUCCAUUUCUCUAAAAACUCUUCCUCUCUACAUUCAUGAUGCAGCUGUUUGGAGCUCUGGUUCUGUUUACGGCUCUUUCCACAGCAUGUGGUCUGAGAUGCUACACCUGCACAACCAUCCUGUCUAAUCCCUGCACAAAAACUGAAUCUUGUCCCGUUGGCAUGGACCGCUGUGCCUCUGGCGAUAUAGCAGGGUUCUUGUUUGGCAAGGGCUGUGUAAAAGGGGACAUGUGUGAUGGUCGCAUUGAAUGCUGUGAGGGGGACUUGUGUAACAGCGCCGCAGUGACUGGUCCCAGCGUCAUUCUCCUGCUGGUGUCUUCUGCCAUCAUCAGGCUGUUUCUCUGAAGCUCCAGCUGAGAAUAUGUUGUGGUUUCUAUGCUGCUCUUUUUCUCACUCAGUGUAAAACUACUUGUGAAUUGAUCAUGUUCUCUACAAAGAGGUUUUCAAUCAGGACAAACACAACAUUCCUCAGGAUGAAACUUUCCUUCCUUUUUCUUUAUUUUUACAACCAUCAACAGCUUUGUAAGGAAUCCCUGAUUUAAAAAAAAAAAAAGAAUGACAAAACACGAAAUUAAAUAUGAACAAGCAGGAGAAAAUAAUAAACAUGUUGAUUUGAUGAACCUGAUGAUUAACAAACAAGCAGACAUAGUGUAACUGGGUUAUUGUUGUACCUAUAAUCAAUAAAUAUGACGUCAAGAAAAUA